AUGGCGGAUCCCGCCGAGUGCAGCAUCAAAGUGAUGUGCCGGUUCCGGCCCCUCAAUGAGGCGGAGAUCCUCCGGGGAGAUAAAUUCAUCCCUAAAUUCAAGGGCGAGGAGACCGUGGUCAUCGGGCAAGGGAAGCCCUAUGUCUUUGAUAGAGUGCUGCCUCCUAACACCACCCAGGAACAAGUUUAUAAUGCCUGUGCCAAGCAGAUUGUUAAAGACGUUCUUGAAGGCUACAACGGCACCAUCUUUGCUUAUGGACAGACAUCAUCAGGAAAAACACAUACUAUGGAGGGGAAGCUGCACGACCCUCAGCUCAUGGGAAUCAUUCCAAGAAUUGCACAUGACAUCUUUGAUCACAUCUACUCCAUGGAUGAGAACUUGGAGUUUCACAUAAAGGUUUCCUACUUUGAGAUAUAUUUGGACAAAAUAAGGGACCUACUUGAUGUGUCAAAGACAAACCUUGCUGUACAUGAAGAUAAAAACAGAGUCCCAUAUGUUAAGGGUUGUACAGAAAGAUUUGUAUCUAGUCCUGAAGAAGUGUUGGAUGUCAUUGAUGAAGGGAAAGCUAACCGUCAUGUAGCUGUCACAAAUAUGAAUGAACACAGCUCCAGGAGCCACAGUAUCUUCCUCAUUAAUAUUAAACAAGAGAAUGUGGAAACUGAGAAGAAACUCAGUGGAAAGCUUUACCUGGUCGACUUGGCUGGAAGUGAGAAGGUCAGCAAAACCGGAGCGGAGGGCGCUGUUCUGGAUGAAGCUAAAAAUAUCAAUAAGUCUUUGUCUGCUUUAGGCAAUGUGAUAUCUGCUCUGGCAGAAGGAACUAAAACCCACGUUCCAUACCGAGACAGCAAAAUGACCCGAAUACUUCAGGACUCCCUUGGUGGGAACUGCAGAACCACCAUUGUGAUAUGCUGUUCUCCUUCUGUGUUCAAUGAAGCAGAAACAAAGUCAACCCUGAUGUUUGGACAAAGGGCUAAGACGAUCAAGAACACAGUGUCUGUGAAUCUGGAGCUGACUGCAGAGGAGUGGAAGAAAAAGUACGAGAAGGAGAAGGACAAAAACAAGAGCCUAAAGAAUGUUAUCCAGCAUCUAGAGCUGGAACUCAACAGGUGGAGAAAUGGAGAAGCUGUGCCUGAAGACGAACAGAUCAGCGCGAAGGACCAGAAGAACCUGGAGCCUUGUGAUAACACCCCGAUCAUCGACAACAUCACUCCUGUUGUUGCCAGCAUCUCCACAGAGGAGAAGCAGAAAUAUGAUGAGGAGAUUGCCAGUCUCUACAGGCAGCUGGAUGAUAAGGAUGAUGAGAUCAACCAGCAGAGCCAGCUGGCAGAAAAACUGAAGCAACAAAUGUUGGAUCAAGAGGAGCUUCUGGCCUCCACUAGGAGAGAUUAUGAGAAGAUUCAGGAGGAGCUGACCCGUCUUCAGAUCGAGAACGAAGCAGCUAAAGAUGAAGUGAAAGAAGUCCUGCAAGCCCUGGAAGAAUUAGCUGUCAAUUAUGACCAGAAAUCCCAAGAAGUGGAGGACAAAACAAGGGCCAACGAGCAGCUGGCUGAUGAGCUGGCACAGAAGAGUAGUGCCCUGACGGUGACCCAGAGGGAGCUGGGCCAGUUGCAGGAGCUCAGUAACCAUCAGAAGAAGAGAGCUACUGAAAUCUUGAACCUGCUGCUGAAGGACUUGGGAGAGAUUGGAGGAAUCAUUGGUACUAAUGAUGUUAAAACAUUAGCAGAUGUGAACGGGGUGAUUGAGGAGGAGUUCACCAUGGCAAGGCUUUACAUCAGCAAGAUGAAGUCUGAGGUGAAGUCUCUGGUGAACCGCAGCAAGCAGUUGGAGAGUGCCCAGAUAGACUCCAACAGGAAGAUGAACGCCAGCGAGAGGGAGCUCGCUGCUUGCCAGCUCCUCAUUUCACAGCAUGAAGCAAAGAUCAAGUCCCUUACAGACUACAUGCAAAACAUGGAGCAGAAGAGAAGGCAGCUGGAAGAGUCACAGGACUCUCUCAAUGAAGAACUUGCCAAGCUGCGUGCUCAAGAAAAAAUGCAUGAAGUCAGUUUCAAGGAUAAGGAGAAGGAGCAUCUGACCCGACUUCAGGACGCUGAGGAGAUGAAGAAGGCACUGGAGCAGCAGAUGGAGAGUCACAGGGAAGCCCACCAGAAGCAGCUGUCCAGGCUGAGGGAUGAAAUUGAAGAGAAGCAGAAAAUAAUUGAUGAAAUCAGAGAUAUGAAUCAGAAGCUGCAACUGGAGCAAGAGAAACUGAGUGCUGAUUAUGAUAAAUUAAAAAUUGAGGACCAGGAAAGAGAAAUGAAACUGGAAAAGCUGAUACUGCUUAAUGAUAAAAGGGAGCAAGCAAGAGAAGACCUUAAGGGGCUGGAGGAAACAGUGGCAAGAGAACUUCAGACUCUUCACAACCUGCGCAAGCUGUUUGUCCAGGAUCUUACCACCCGCGUUAAGAAAAGCGUUGAACUUGACAGUGAUGAUGGUGGUGGAAGUGCUGCGCAGAAGCAGAAAAUUUCCUUUCUUGAGAACAACCUGGAACAGCUUACGAAAGUUCACAAACAGUUGGUACGUGAUAAUGCAGAUCUGCGUUGUGAGCUUCCUAAGCUGGAGAAACGACUUCGAGCUACGGCAGAGAGAGUUAAGGCCCUGGAGAGUGCACUGAAGGAGGCCAAGGAGAACGCCAUGCGGGACCGCAAGCGCUACCAGCAGGAGGUGGAUCGCAUUAAGGAGGCUGUGAGAGCCAAAAACAUGGCACGGAGAGCACACUCUGCUCAAAUUGCCAAGCCCAUCCGCCCUGGUCAUUACCCAGCGUCUUCUCCAACGGCUGUCCACGCCAUCCGAGGGGGAGGGAUGUCAAACUCCAGCUACUACCACAACACCAAAUAG